AGAAGAUCUCUUUUUUUUGUUUCGACUUCCUCUGUUACGAUAUCAUCUCUUCCGUUUUGGCGAUUAAAUUUGCCACUCUUUGUUCUAUUCAAUUCUUUGGUUCAUUACAAUCCAUCCUUUGCUUCUUCUCAUUCAAUGGGUUCCUCUUAUCACCUUCCUCGACAUGGUUGUCUCAGCGGAUUCGUCGGUAAGAUUACCUCCAGCAUCCGCAGCUCUAGAAUGGGACUCUUCAACAAGACGACGCCUCCUGGUCUCCCCGUUCCUAAAAAGGAAGAAGGGCCGUCGGCGAUUCGGUGGAGAAAGGGAGAGUUAAUCGGUUGCGGUGCUUUCGGGAGGGUUUACAUGGGGAUGAACCUCGAUUCCGGCGAGCUUCUUGCGAUUAAACAGUUCGAUUUGAAAAUUAUUAGUUUUAAUUGCUCCAAACAAUGGAAAGGAGAAGAUUCAGGGCAUAUUCGUGAGAUUGAGGAAGAAGUGCGACUUCUGAAGAAUCUUUCACAUCCAAACAUUGUUAGAUAUUUGGGAACUGUAAGGGAGAGUGAUUCGUUGAAUAUAUUUAUGGAGUUUGUUUCCGGUGGUUCUAUUUCAUCUUUGUUGGAGAAGUUUGGAUCUUUUCCUGAACCUAUUACAAAUGUUAUGGUGUUUUGGAAAUGGGUUCUCAUCUAUUUUCCCCUGUGUGUUUCCAACUAUUCGUCUAACCUUCUUAUUUCUGAAGCUCUGCUGAUAUAUGGAGUGUUGAGUUGGGUGCACUGUGAUCGAGAUGGCUACAGGAAAACCUCCCUGGAUUUGCCGCUGUCCUUCAUAUUGGCAGAAGCUCAUCCUCCGGUUCCAGAAGACCUUUCACCAGAGGCGAAAGACUUUCUACUGAAAUGCUUACACAAGUUCAGUGCGAAGGAAGCAAUAGUGGCGAUACUUGAGAAGUAUUUGUUGGAGGAGGAAGAAGAAGCUGGUUAA